ACCGCCCCAGGGUCCCCACCCGUCACCGCGCAGACCCUCUGCGCCAACCUCCAUCCCAGCCAAGGACUCCUGACAUCAAACAUGGACUGCUGCACCGAGAGCGCCUGCUCCAAGCCGGACGACGACAUUCUAGACAUCCCUCUGGAUGAUCCGGGUGCCAACGCGGCCGCUGCCAAAAUCCAGGCGAGUUUCCGGGGCCACAUGGCGAGGAAGAAGAUAAAGAGCGGAGAGCGCGGCCGGAAGGGCCCGGGCCCCGGGGGACCAGGCGGAGCUGGGGGCGCCCGGGGAGGCGCGGGCGGCGGCCCCAGCGGAGACUAGGCCAGGACUGAGCAUUUUCGAAGUUUCCCGAGACAGAUGGAUGCCGCGUCCCCUUCGCAGUGACGAGACUUCCCUGCCGUGUCUGUGAUUCUCUCCUUUCCACCAACCUGCCAGCUUCAGGAGCCCUCUCUGCUUCCCCCAGAGACUCCCUCUCCCAGGAACACCGUCCAUCAGUCGCUAAGGCCGUGCCCUUUUAGUUAGCUCUCCAGUCUAGUAUGGUCCCCGUUCGCCCUUCCUCCCCACCCUGACCCCCCCAUCCUCGCGCCCCCAAAUCUUCCUUCUUUAGCUUCUCGCCCACCUCUCCCCGCACCCAGCAUGCAGCUCUCUCUCCGCAGCCUCCGCGUGCUUCCCUUCGCGCACUGCGGAGGACACCCUAAGCGUGGCCCAAGAACACUCCAAAAAAAAAAAAAGAAAAGAAAUCCUUUAGUUCCACGCGCAGCUAAAGGGGGCGCCCCUGCGUCUCUGCUGCGCCGCUCACGCCCCAGCCUAGUCCAGAACUUCGGGGCGAGGAGAGAGGGGAGGAGGGGUUUUUAUGAUGUCGGAUGCCCCUGGCGGUGAUCAGAAGGGAAGUUGCCAUGUCACGCCCCAACCCCACGCCUGCCUGUACUCAGCCCUCCCCUCUCCCCAGCGUACCCCGAGAGCCACCUCUCCAGCUCUCAGCUUGUUUAC